AUGGAUUGGAAAAAUAAGCUUCCUAACAUCCUCAAUAAAUUCAGAACUCAGCUUUAUUCAAGAAGAUAUGAUGGCAUGGACAAGGUGUAUGAGCUAUUUCAUGUAUUUUUCAUAUAGGAAUGUGAUGUUGAUAGCAGCGGAUCACUUAACCGCUAUGAAUUUCAAGCUUUUUUAAGCAAGGUAGGACUAUUUAUGAGUUCGCAGGAGCAAGCUGAACUGUUUAGAUAUUAUGAUAAAAAUCAGGAUGGGAAUAUAUCUGUCAGGGAAUUCUUGAAUUCUCUGCAAGAAACCAUUUCAGAUAGAAGACUCUCAGCAGUUAAGCACACAUGGCAAAUUUUGGAUCAGAGAAAGCGUGGGUUUAUAGAAGUAGAAGAACUCAAGCGUCUCUAUAACGAAAACCGUCAUCCCAGAGUCAUAACCCGAGAAAAAACAAAAGAACUCGUCAGAGAAGAAUUUGAAAACGCCCUAAGAAAAUACUCAGAAGGCCGAGUUAUGACUGAAGAUGGUUUUUUAGCUUACUAUGCCAACUUAAGUGCCACUUUACCAUUAGAGCAAGACCACUUUUUUGAAGCCUUACUUACCAAUACUUGGGACCUUAAUUCUAGAAGGAAUCCAGUCCCGGAUGCCAGGCUAAAUGAAAUAGAAGAUUUAAUUUAUGAAAAAAUCAGGCAGAGGAUAAGGGGGGAUGAAGAUGAAGGCAGGGCUAUGCAAAAGACCUUUAGACACUUUGAUAAAGAUAACUCAGGGACUAUUACUUUUGAAGAGUUCACUAAAUGUCUACAGCAUUGGGGAUGCGCUUUUGAUAAUCAAGAAGCUAGGGCACUUUUUGAUAAAUAUGACGUUGAUAAGUCAGGAACCAUUGUUUAUGAGGAGUUUUCAGGGAUUUUUGCAAGGAGAGGAGCUGGGGACCGACAUCAGUUUAAGCCAAGAAGGGAGCUGCCAAAGGCACUUAUAAGUAAGCUUAAAAAUGAUAUCCUGAAAAGAGGCACUAUAAGAGACCUUGAAACUUUAUUAAGAAGAAUGGACGUGAAUGGCGAUGACUAUUUAACCCGUCACGAAUUCGAAUGGGGACUGCGCGAAAACGGCCAUGUUUUGAGCCCUAUGGAUCUCGACAGACUUUUUAGGUAUUUUGACAUAAAUCAUGAUGGAAAAGUUUCCUAUCAAGAAUUUUUAGACGCUUUAAAAGACGAUAUAAGCCAGAAACGAAAAGACCUUAUUGCUAUGGCUUAUAAGAAAUUAGAAACUAAUUCUGAUGGACAAGUCACUUUGAGCGGUAUAAGGCAGAAUUAUAACGGCACUGCACACCCAGAGUUUAGAUCAGGUGCAAAGACAAGAGAUCAAGUUUUAGUAGAGUUUAUGAAUAAGUGGGGAAGCGUCAGAGCCAACCAAGCGAUUUCUCUUGAAGAUUUCGAGAAUUUUUAUAAAGAUAUAUCCGCAAAUGUCAAAAGUGAUGACGACUUUGAACAGAUGAUCCGAGGAGCCUGGAGCCUUGCAGAAGAGUAA